AACCAGGUAAAGUGAAAUCUCGCUGUCAUCAAAUUAGGGUUUUAGCUUACCAAAAACAAAACCCAAACCCUAAUCUAGCCCCCAAACUCCGCCAUGGCGCAAUCUCUCGAGCUCCUGCUGAUCCAAUUCCAGAUGCCCGACAACGACGCGCAGACGAUCCCCGCCCUCGUCCACCACAUGCGAACGGCGAAGACCUCCAACGUCCGGCAACUCGCCGCCGUCCUCCUCCGCAAGAAGAUCACUGGUCACUGGCCGAAGCUCUCGCCGAUCGUGAAGGGCUCCAUCAAGUCUGCCCUGAUCGAGUCUAUCACUCUAGAGCACAGCUCUCCAGUUAGGCGCGCUAGUGCAAAUGUUGUGAGCAUCAUCGCAAAGUAUGCGGUCCCUGCUGGGGAGUGGCCUGAUCUCUUGCCUUUCCUCUUUCAAUGCAGCCAGAGUUCACAAGAAGAUCAUAGAGAAGUGGCUCUAAUCCUUUUCAGCUCUCUAACUGAAACAAUUGGGUCUACCUUUCAAUCCCACUUGGCAGAUCUACAACCUAUUCUACUAAAAUGUUUGCAAGACGAGGCCAGCACCCGUGUCAGAGUUGCUGCUCUGAAGGCUGUUGGCUCAUUUAUAGAGUUCAUCAAUGAUGGUGCUGACAUUGUAAAGCUGUUUCGAGAAUUUAUUCCUAGCAUUUUGAAUGUAUCACGACAAUGCCUUGCUAAUGGUGAUGAAGAUGUUGCUUCUAUCGCUUUUGAGAUCUUUGAUGAGCUUAUUGAAUCUCCAGCUCCGCUUCUUGGGGAUGCCGUACGAUCCAUCGUGCAAUUUUCUCUUGAAGUGUCUUCUAGUCAGAAUUUGGAAUUAAAUAUUCGACAUCAGGCUAUUCAGAUAGUUUCAUGGCUUGCAAAAUACAAGGCUUCUUUUCUGAAAAAGCACAAGCUAGUAAUACCCAUACUGCAAGUUAUGUGUCCUUUGCUUACAGAGACAGCACCAGGAGAUGACGAUUCUGAUCUUGCAUCUGAUCGAGCUGCUGCAGAAGUCAUUGAUACCAUGGCUCUUAAUCUACCAAAACAUGUAUUUCCACCAGUUUUUGAGUUUGCUUCUGCAAACUUUCGUCAUGUUAACCCUAAAUUUCGAGAGGCUUCUGUUACGGCACUGGGUGUAAUAUCAGAAGGUUGUUAUGAGAUGUUGAAAGGUAGGCUGGAGAAUGUUCUACACAUCACAUUGGCAGCACUAACAGAUCAGGAACAGAUGGUAAGAGGAGCUGCUUCAUUUGCAUUGGGUCAGUUUGCAGAAUAUUUGCAACCUGAGAUUAUAUCCCACUACCAAAGCGUACUCCCCUGUAUUCUAAAUGCCCUUGAAGAUGUUUCAGAUGAAGUGAAGGAAAAGUCAUACUACGCACUGGCAGCAUUUUGUGAGGACAUGGGAGAAGAAAUCCUUCCUUUUCUUGAUCCCCUGAUGGGAAGAUUAUUUGGAGCACUCCAGAGCAGUCCUCGUAAUCUGCAAGAAACUUGCAUGUCUGCAAUAGGCUCAGUCGCAGCAGCAGCAGAGCAGUCUUUUAUUCCAUAUGCAGAGAAAGUUCUUGAAAUGAUGAAAAGUUUUAUGAUGCUCACGAAUGAUGAGGAUUUGGUCUCACGAGCCAGGGCCACUGAGUUAGUUGGAAUAGUUGCAAUGGCAGUCGGACGAACAAGGAUGGAGCCUAUUCUGCCUCCUUUCAUUGAAGCUGCAAUUUCUGGUUUUGCAUUAGACUUCAGCGAGCUUCGUGAAUAUACUCAUGGAUUCUUCAGCAAUAUUGCUGAAAUUUUGGAUGAUGGUUUUACACAGUAUCUUUCACAUGUUGUUCCUCUGGUGUUUUCUUCCUGCAACCUUGAUGAUGGAUCUGCAAUAGACAUUGAUGAUGCUGACAGUAUUGAUAAUGGGUUCGGAGGAGUAUCUUCGGAUGAAGAUACACAUGAUGAGCCGAGGGUUCGUAAUAUAAGCGUAAGGACAGGGGUUUUGGAUGAAAAGGCUGCCGCAACCCAAGCUAUUGGCUUAUUUGCCCUUCAUACGAAGGGUUCUUAUGCACCCUAUUUGGAGGAAUCCAUGAGGAUUUUAGUUCGACAUUCUGGAUAUUUUCAUGAAGAUGUUCGACUUCAGGCUAUCACAGCUUUGAGAAAUGUUCUGACAGCAGUACGAGCUAUUCCUGCAGUAAGCAAUGAUGUUUUGGAGAAGCAGAAGGAAUUUCUAGAUACUGCAUUGAAUAUCUAUAUUAAGACCAUGACUGAAGAUGAUGACAAAGAUGUUGUUGCUGCAGCAUGCACGAGUGUAGCAGAAAUUGUGCAGGAAUGUGGUUACAUGGCUUUACAGCCUUAUAUCCCUCAACUUGCUGGGGCAACUCUUGCCCUGCUGCGAGAAGAUUCAACCUGUCAACAAGUGGACUCCGAUUCUGAUAUGGAUGAAGGUGAUAUUGAUCAUGAUGAAGUGCUCAUGGAUGCAGUAUCAGAUAUUCUUCCUGCUUUUGCUAAGGCAAUGGGUUCUGAUUUUGAGCCUAUUUUCGCUAGUUUAUUUGAUCCCCUAAUGAGAUUUGCGAGAGUCCCACGUCCUCCACAAGACCGGACAAUGGUGGUUGCUUGUCUGGCUGAAGUUGCUCAGGGGAUGGGUGCUCCUAUUUCUGGUUAUGUGAAUAAAGUGAUGCCUUUGGUACUUAAGGAACUUGCAUCAUCAGAAGCAACAAAUAGGCGAAAUGCUGCAUUCUGCGCUGGUGAGAUCUGCAAAAAUGGCGGAACAGCAACCCUUAAAUAUUAUGGAGAUAUACUCCGUGCCCUUUAUCCAUUAUUUGGUGACUCAGAACCAGAUUUUGCUGUAAGAGAUAAUGCAGCUGGUGCUAUUGCUAGGAUGAUCAUGGUGCAACCUCAGGCUAUUCCUCUAAAUCAGGUCUUGCCUGUAUUUUUAAAAUCUUUGCCACUGAAAGAAGAUCGCGAGGAGUCUAUGACUGUUUACAAUUGCAUUUCUAAUCUAAUAUUAUCAUCAAAUCCCCAGAUUCUUGCUCUAGUACCCGACCUGGUCCAUGUUUUUGCUCAAGUCGCAGUGUCUUCUGCUGAGAGUGAUGAGGUGAAAGCCCAAGUUGGCAUGACAUUUUCGCACUUGCUAUCAACGUAUGGGCAGCAGAUGCAACCUAUACUAACUGCUCUCUCGCCUCCACAUGCGAAUGCAUUAGCUGCAUUGGCAAAGGUGGUAUAAUCGAUCAAUUGAAUCUACAGUUCUCGUUUUGUGCUGUCCUACAAAGGGCCUACCGUUUGAUAUCUUGAUUUAUACAGUCCCGAGUGUGCGUCUCAGUUUUGACCAUAUAUGCUUUCCAAGAUUUCCACCCCAGUUUUUUCGUUCCCAUGGUAUGUUUUUUUUUUAAUUUGUCUUGUUUGUCUACUUUUGUUGUAUGUUUUGAAAAUUCUCGGCCUUAGGUUUUCCAUUUGUUUUGGUGUUGUAUUUAUUGUUGCGAUGAGAGCAGUUUAUGUGUGGUAGUGAGCUGUCAUUUUUGUUUGUUUUUCCAUUCAAUGUACAAUAGAAAUUCAAUCAAUAGAGCCUAUUUUAUCGUGAUUUUUCCA